AUGGCCACCUCGAAAGACGUGAAAUACUCCAACGGCAAGCCCUCCUCCGACGGGCGCGCCAAAUUCCCCUGGGAAUACGCCGUCCCGGACACGCCCUUCUGGAACGAUCUCCCCUUCACCGUAGCGCGGAAUUUUCUCUGCAAUUACACCGACUCCGAGAUCUCUUCCCUCCCCAUUGAUCCCGAGAGUUCCUUACCCAAGGAAAAGAAACUCCGGAUCCUAGAAGAACUGCUCAUCGAUCGCCUCAUGGCCAAAGAUGCUGCCGCAGCACCAAAGACGUUUUAUGAUGAGGAUUAUGUGAUGUGGGAUCGGUUGUGGCUGGGAAGGUUUGAUAUCCAGCGGGAAUUAGGAAGACCGGAGGCAGAGAAAACGAUGAGGAUGCUGUGUGAACGACGUAGGGAUAGGGGGAAUUUAAGCCAUUUCCAUACGCUGGCUGGUAUGUUACUGGCUAAAGGAAGCUAUGAGGAGGCUGAGAAAAUGGAACUCGAUGUGAAGGGAUGGUUGGAAAGCAAACUUGGGAAGGACUGUCCGCAGGCUUUUGGGGCGUGGAGGAUCAUGGUGCAGGCUGUUUGGAAGCAGGGAGCUGGGAGGAGGAAGGAUGCGGAGCGUUUGAUGUGUGAGAUGAGUGAGGUGAUUGAGGGUAUGAGGGGUGGCACGUAUGAGAUGUAUCAAGGAGAUGAGAGGGGGUAUUUUGAGAGUAUGAAAGAGAGUUUGGAGAAGUGGGAUAAGGAAGGGAUGGGGAAAUGA